AUGAAAAAAAUAAUAUCAUGCUUAACAAUUUCAUUAUUUUUUUAUUUACAAAUAUUAUCUAAAAUUCUGUUUUCCAAUGGAUUUUAUGUAGAUAAUAAAAUCAAUUUUCUUAUAAAUAAAAGAACAAAAUGCAUAUAUAAAAAAAAUUUUAAUAGAAACAUAUUUUUAAAAAAAAGUAAUUAUAAUGAAAAUUUAAUUAAAGAAUUGUCAUCUAUUGAUGAUAUAACGAUGAAUAAUGAUAAUGAAGAAAAUGUAAAACCUAAUAUAAAAGAAGAUGAAAGCAAGUUAAAGCAAAACAUAGAUAAACAGAAAAUUGAAAUAGAUAAAAUUUUAAUGAAAAGUCAAGCCAUUCAGUUAGAACGUUCUUUUUCUUUCAGUAGAGAUGAUAUAAUGAUUAAACCAGAAUUAUUAAAAGAUUUAAUUACUCAAAAAUAUAGAAAAAUAUUUCAAAGGCAUGACAAAGAUUGUGGAAGUAGUGAAAUACAAAUUAUUAUUUUAACUUUUAAAAUUUUUUUUUUAACAGAACAUAUGAAAAAAAAUAAGAAAGAUUUUGCUUGCUUAAGAGGUUUAUUUAAAUGUGUUAGUAAAAGAAGAAAACUAUUAAUUUAUUUAGGAAUGAAAAACCGUGAAAUGUUUGAGAAAAUAACAGACUUUUUUAAAAUUAAAAAACCACUCUUACCUAGAACUGCCGAGUAUUAUUCAAAAGAUUUAAAAUAUAUACAUUUUAAAAAUACUAAAAGAUUUAAAAAUAAUGCUGAAAAAAAGAAAAAAGAUAAAUUAAAAAAGAAAAAAGUACAAACGGAUAAAAUUUUAUUCGAUAUCUAA